GAAGAAGAGAGACGCCGAGGAGGCGAAAAAGAGAAAGUGGGAGAGUCAUGGCUCCCAAGGUUCCAACAAAAAGGGGAACCACGGAGGAGGAUCUUUCCGGGCACCACCGCCACCAUAUAGGGGGAACCAAGGCCCGAGUGGGCAAGGCGCGAGGUCACAAACCUCAGUGGUAGCUCGUUGCAACAAUUGCAAGAAGAACCACUCCGGUAAAUGUCGCGACCCCCCUAGAUGUUUUCAAUGCGGGGAUGCCGGGCAUUUGAAGGCACAUUGCCCACAAUUGAGUGGGGCAAGGACAUCGGGACCGAGUAGCGGUCCGACGGGUACACGGAAUCAAACCGGAGCUUCUCAAGCGAGCCGGGGACAUGGGGGAGCGAGUACGAGCAACGCGCCAUCCGUGAAUCAAGGAAGAACUCAAGCUAGAGUUUAUGCGAUGACGGAGGCGGAUGCUCGAGCUAACCCGGACUCGGUUGCAGGUUGAGGCUAGAGCUUGCUUCCUGUGCUCGUUGCUCGAGAGAUCAUCUAGGAGCGAAGACUUGGUUCGUGCUUCCUCCAUUCGGAUUUUAAACAUUAAUAAACAUGCUCAUGGAUAUUUUAUUAUAGAGCUUGCGUGCUCAUGAAUAGCCCUGUGUGGCCCUUUGUUUUAAACAAUGUUUUCCGCUGCUUUAUGAAUUACUUAUUAUGUUGUUUAUGGAUGACUUGUGUGUGAAUGAUAUUCAUGACGCCUUGUAUAAUAUGAAUGUGUUGGACUGCGGUUGACUAUUCGUAUUGUACGGCGGGUUGUUGACGUGUCCGGGGAGGUCCGGGGCGUGACAGGAGGUGUGCAUUUGUGGGAUAUCCUCACGGACAGAAAGGGUGGAAGGUAUAUGAUAUGGAGACCGGUGAUAUAUUCGUUUCUCGUGAUGUCAAGUUUCACGAAAAUGAAUUUCCAUUUUUGGUUACUAAUUUGGUACAAACUGAUUUGGACGUACCACAUGAGGUUCACACUUCCAGAGAUGAGCCGGUUACCACACAAGUAGCUCUUGAUGAUGAUGAUGCGUUGCAGGGUGAUUUGCAUGAUACUGUUGAUAUGAAUGAUGAUAUAUACACUUCGCAUGGCCAACAUGAAACUGCUCCAUCUAUUUCGCCACCUCAUGACACCACUUCAGCUCUUACCGAGGCCUCCACGCCUAAUGCAGGAGGUUUGCUUGGACGUGGUCAGCGAGUCAAACGAGCUUCAGUACUUCUACGAGAUUUUAUUACGCACGUUCGGACGCAAACCCCAUCCCCGUCGUUCUCCGCUUCAUCGGGUCCCUCAGUUCUUGAACCAAGGUCUUUUAAAGAAGCCAUGACAGAUGAAGGAUGGCGACAAGCCAUGCAACGUGAAAUACGUGCCCUUGAAGACAAUCAGACUUGGGUCUUAGAGCGCUUGCCUCCCGGUAAAAAGGCUCUUGGCUGUAAAUGGGUCUAUAAAAUUAAAUAUCUCCCUGAUGGUACGGUGGAGCGACUCAAGGCUCGUCUGGUUGUUUUUGGUAAUCAUCAAGAAGAGGGAAUUGAUUAUACUGAAACAUUUGCUCCUGUGGUCAAAAUGGUUACAGUCCAAACUUUUCUAGCAGUAGCGGCAGCUAAAAAUUGGGAACUUCAUCAGAUGGAUGUUCACAAUGCAUUUCUUCAUGGCGAUUUGGAUGAGGAAGUUUAUAUGAAGCUUCCCCCUGGCUUCUCUCCAUCUCAGCGUGGGGUUGUCUGCCGCUUGAAAAAAUCUUUAUACGGACUGCGACAGGCACCCCGCUGUUGGUUUGCAAAAUUAGCUGCUUCUCUACAGCAUUAUGGGUUCACUCAGUCAUAUUCGGAUUAUUCUUUGUUUACCUAUCAAAGUGAGAAUAAAUGUUUGCAUGUGCUUGUCUAUGUGGAUGAUCUGAUUAUUGCUGGUAAUGAUUCCACUGUCCUGCAUAAAUUCAAGCAUUAUUUGAGCACGUGUUUUCAUAUGAAGGACUUGGGUACCCUUAAAUAUUUCCUUGGCAUCGAAGUGGCGCGCCAUCCAAACGGAAUUUUUCUUUGUCAACGAAAAUAUGCUCUGGAUAUUAUUACCGAGACCGGGUUACUUGGUGCCAAACCGGCUGGUUUUCCAAUUGAACAAAAUCAUACGCUCGCUCAGGCCGAUGGGCCACUUCUCACUGAACCCGAGGCUUAUAGGAGGCUUGUUGGCAAGCUGAUAUAUCUUUCAUUUACGCGCCCGGACCUUGCCUAUGCAGUACAUAUCCUUUCUCAAUUCAUGCAUGCUCCGCGGCAACAACAUUGGGAUGCCGCUUUAAGAGUGGUGCGUUACUUGAAAGGCACUCCGGGUCAAGGUAUUCUUCUCAGCUCAUCUUGUAAUUUGCUCUUGACAGGAUGGUGUGAUUCUGAUUGGGCCAGUUGUCCUCUCACUCGGCGGUCUCUAACUGGCUGGGUUGUAUUUUUGGGUGGUUCUCCUGUUUCUUGGAAAACCAAGAAACAGCACACGGUGUCUCGAUCAUCUGCAGAAGCAGAAUAUCGUUCUAUGGCAGCUCUUACAGCCGAAUUGAAAUGGCUUAAAAGUCUUCUUCUUAGUCUCGGUGUGAAACACUCUCAGGCUAUGCCUAUGUUUUGUGACAGCAAAUCCGCACUCUAUAUUGCACAAAACCCCGUAUUUCACAAACGUACGAAGCAUAUCGAAGUUGAUUGUCACUAUGUUCGCGAUGCUCUUCGAGAGGGAUUGAUCACCACACACCAUGUUUCGACUACCGAUCAACUCGCUGAUAUCUUUACCAAAGCUCUGGGCAAGCGGCAGUUUCUUUUUCUUCUUCACAAGUUGGGCAUUUAUGAGGGGGGGGGGGGGGGGUGUUGGAAACAUAGGCAGUUUUGGGCUUAACUAAUGUAUUUAAUCAUUGUAUUUGGCUUUACAUGUAAGUUAUGGGCUGCGGCCAUAUAGUUACGUAGGGUUGCCAUACUCUCUUGUAUAUAUACUUUGACCGUGUAUCAAUACAAAGGCAAGAAGCAUUAUUCUCCUAAAAUACAAAAAUAUAAUAUUAGUACAAAUGUAAAACAGACCCAUUUUCUCAAAUUAACAUAAGAAGAAGG